GUUAGCGGCCAUGUCAUGUGUUGUGCCAUAGAAAUGGACAAAUUGUACGUGAUAGAUGGCCAGGUAGAUUUGUGCCAUGUAGAUAUUAAAACUCCUUAUACUCAAUACAUGCACUAUCGUCUCCUCCUUGCAGCAUCCUCUGGUUCAAGAUAUAUACUCGAAGGGAAGAAAGUGAUGAACCCUUUUCUCUUGGGCCUUGAUGCGUGGAAAGACUCAACAACACUUCACGUAGUAUUAAGAAAAAUCUCUCAGCAUACUUCAAAGGAAGUCAUGAUAAGCUUAAAAGGGAAACUUCAUAUUUCAAUGAUAGAGCUCUUGAAGAGUCUAUUCAGUAUGUCUGGAAGUGGAAAAAUGAAAUUUUUGCAUAUCCUGCUACAGUCUCUUUUCAGGACAUAUAUCUCACAAGUACCUAGAGCAAGUCAAAAGGGGUUCACUCCUUUGGAUCCGUACCAAAAUAAUUAUCCUAGAAGCACACUCCAUGAGAUAAGAACAGAAGAUGGCAUUAUAAUCAGCUGCCAACAGUGGAAGUGCAAUCAAGGACCACAGAGGCAAGAAGAAGGGAAUAAGCCAUUACCUGUUCUCCUAAUUAAUGGUUAUGCAACUGAAAGUUAUUGCUUGCCAAGUGAAAGUAAUGAUCUAGUUAGAAGCUUACUACACCAAGGGCAUGAGACCUGGCUACUGCAAACAAGACUGCUUGGGACUAAUUCUUCAAUUAAUAUGACAGUAGAAGCUAUUGGAAUGUUUGAUAUUCCUGCUGCAAUCAACAAGAUCUCUGAGUUGCACGGGGAGUCUGUAAAGAUACAUGUUGUUGGACAUUGCGUUGGCGGUCUUGCAAUACAUAUUGCCCUUAUGGGGGGACAUGUUUUCUACAAAAGAAUAGCUUCCCUUUCCUGCACCAACUCUUCCAUGUUUUUUAAGCUGACUGCUUGGUCGAAAUUCAAAUUAUGGCUUCCUCUCAUACCAAUAUCAAUGGCAAUACUUGGAAAAGACAAGUCCCUUCCUUUGUUCCAAACAUUAAAAGCCAGCUCUCGCCAGAAACUCCUAAAGGCUAUAGCUCGUGCCAUGCCACGCUACGAAAGAUGCACCUAUGAUGAAUGCGAGGUCCUCUCAGGCAUAUUUGGUAACGCAUUUUGGCACCAAAACGUAAGCCACAAAGUACAUCAUUGGAUGAACAAAGAAUACUUACCAAGGCUUAACAUGGGGGCAUUUUCCCAUCUCCAGAAGAUUUGUAAUGCCGGGUUUAUAGUAGAUACAGAAGGAAGAAACACGUAUUUGAUCCAUCCUGAGAGAAUGGGGCUCCCAACAUUAUAUAUAUCCGGAGGACGCACGCUCCUUGUAACUCCUCAAACAUCUUUCUUAGCUAAUAAGUACAUGAAAUUGCACCAGCCUGGAUUCAGACAUAAAAGAGUGGUGAUAGAUGGCUUUGGACACUCGGAUCUUUUGAUUGGAGAAGAUUCAUCUAAGAAGGUUUUCCCUCACAUUCUAUCUCAUAUUGCAUUAGCUGAGAAGGAAAAUACCGCUGCAUUUAUUUCCAGCGAGAGAGAGUACCAGAAGGAUGCAUUGUCAUGGGUUGAUGAUCUGUAUCAGGAUGAGGGAGGAUUCUGGGGCUGCAUAUCAUCUUUCAUCAAUGCCUAUUCCUUUUUUUGUUGCUUCAUAGUUCUCAUAGCCUAUUUCUUUUCUUAACGUAGUAAUGCUUAGAUGUUCCAGCUCUGGCCAACCCCUGGGUUGGAAUGUGUUUAGGAAUGCGAGAGGCAGAAAGGAGAUUCCAUGACUUCGAUCCCUUCAUUUGCUAGUCAUGUUUUGUCUUUAAUAGCUUAGGAACAAUCAUUUUAAAGGUGCUA